GCCAGCCUCACUUUCAGGCUCCAACCUUGGAGGCUCCCAAGUGUGUCUGCCCACGGAAAGCGAGAGGCUUAAACCAUCUUACUCUCCACGGCUCCUAUAUCUGGCUAAAGCAACCGGGAAACUCUCUUUAAGACGGGCUCACGAUAUUCCAAUUGUGAUAUUGACUGAGCAGGGAGCUAUGGAAACUGUUGAAUUUUGACACCUGACAAGGCCGAUCCUCGAUGAUUUUAAGCUUGUUUUGCCCAGGUACCCGGUACACCUAAGACUGGGACCUCCCUACUCAAUCCCGACCUUUGCACGUUAAGCCUCCUAGAACCACAACACAGAGCCUUGAUUAUCCUUGCGUCGCCCAUCGUCACCAAAUAGCAGCCGACAGGCUUCACCUCGUAUACCUGCUUCCAGCUCCAUCGCCUAUUUUCAGUCCUCGCUGCGCCGCCUCCUCUCUUCCCGCCUCCCCCCUCUCAUCAUUUAGAAAUCAUGAUAUUCACCCAAACUCGGUAAUGGCUGAAGCUGCAGAGGUCCAACCAUCCCCAGUGACACAACCAGAGCAUGGCAUGGCUCUUCACGACAAGUUUCCAUCCCCCGUCGCCAUCUUCCCUGUUCAGGAUGUCGACAGCAGCGUUCCGGUCGACGCGAACACGCCAUCCCCCAGCAUGACCGCGCGAGACCAGACACGGUCAACGGUCUCCAAGUACCUGGGGGGCAAGGAGCAAGAAUGGAAGGCCGUGUCCGAGAGGAAGGGCCCUCUCACCCUGUUGGAGCUGCCCGUAGACAUUUUGCGACUGGUGGUUAAGGAGAUGACGCACACAAACGACCUCACCGCCUUGGCCCUGACGAACUCGACUCUCCAUAACCUCGCCGUGCCUCACAUCUACGCCCGGUUCGACAUCGUGUGGCCGGACGGCCAUGUAGCCUCGACAGAUUCCAAAAGCGUCGACGCCCUUACCUACGGCCUAUCUACGCUAUGUCUAGGAAGCUCGUUUACCAGAACGAUGAGAAAGCUGGCUUCUCCCGGGACGGCCCCGCAGCUGUCGAGGUUCAAGGGGAACGAGUACGCCAAGUACACCCGCAACUUCUCGCUUGGAAACGGACCGGACGACUGGGUCGCCGAGUACAUGAUCUCGAAAGAGAGCGGGAAGAUGCUGGGCACCCUGGUGGCCCUGGCAGUGGCCAAGAUGACCAACCUGGAGACUUUCGUAUGGGAUAUGCCUACAGGCGUGCUUUCCGACGUUUUCAUGGCCCUCGCGUCUCUGCCGGAGCGCCACGAUAACAACGAGUGCAAGCUAUCACGUGUAUGGGUUAGGUGGCAUGAUAACAGCGAGAACUCAGGAUCGUCAAGUUCGAGCGCGAGUCCUCUGGGGCCCCCUCCGGCAGUCGUCCCAGUGGGCAGCACCCUGACGCCGAUCGGGAUCCUUUUACCGGCCGACGCUGUCCACCCGCCUCCAAGAGCCCCCGUCUCGUACUCUGAACACCUCGUUGAGUACCCCACCUUCAGUGUCCUCCCCCCGGUGAAGAGCCUCACAGUUCUGGAGAUCGACGAGCUGGCAUACUUAGACGAGAUGGCCGACCUGAUAGAGCGCUCGAAAGGCCGCCUCCAGGAACUAAGAGUGGGAAUAUCCUCGACGGCCGUACACAAGGACUUUGUCCAGACAUGGGAUGGCCCUGGUUUGCAUCAGGUUGACCACAAUGCCCGCUGGCCUGGCGAGAGCACCAUCGGCGACAGGCGCUUGGGCGGUGUACUUGGAGUUCUAGUUGGGAAGAUCUACGACAUUAGGAGAAAGGCCUCCGUUAAGGGGAAGGAGAAAGUCUAUUCCCAGACACCCGUUCUGCCCGGGAUGGCAGCACCCUCCAGUGCCUCUAUCCCGACCCAAGGACAGGCUGACGGAAACCCUGUUUCAUCCACGAAUGGCCCGGUUCCUGCCGUAGUCUCACAUGGUCCGAAUGGUAAUUCGGCACCCGGGCCUUCCUCACAGCCCCAAGGCCAGAGCACAUCAAAGUCAACGAGACGGGAUGGCAUCCCAGAAGCACCAGAAACAGGCAAGCCGGUCAAGCCCAGCAUGGACGGAAGGAAGAGGUUGGAAGGGAAAUUGAAGCUACACACUUUGGAACUUGAAAGGAUACCGCUCUCGAUGCAGGUCUGCCGGAACGCAAUAGACUGGUCGGUCUUGUCGAGCUUGACUAUACUGGAAUGUGCCCAGCAUGAAAACCUAUGGAAGCUACUGAGGAGGCAAUUCCAGCCGACACCUACGAGCGCCGGAUUUGGAAUCUCGGCAACCAAGCCGUGCCCAAAUGCGCCGCUACAGUAUCAUCUUUCCUUGAAGCGUAUACACACAGAUGUCACUUCGUCCGCUCUCAUCAGCUUCAUCAAGGAGACGUUGGCACCGAACACUCUAGAAAUUCUAUUUCUGCAGGAUCGAAGGCGAGGGUCUGGACCGCCGCCUGUGACCAUUGACCAGAUCUUCAAGGGGGCGUUGAAACGGCACCGGUCAAGCCUCCGGAAACUGCUCCUGGACAGCGCGAUCAAAGGUACCGUGACCACGACUUCAGCGGUGGAGAAUACCAGGUGGCAGAAUUGGGUGCUCACGACCGACAUCUUGAUGUACAUCACGAGCGGACGCAUGAGCAACUUGCGCGAGUUGGCUGUGUCGCUCGACUUCAAAGACUGGCACACCUUCCUCCAACGUCUCCCCAACCUACCCCAGCUCCGUUCUCUCAACAUCCCCUACAUAGCCGAUUAUGUUAUCCCCUUCGAGCCGAAGCAUCUAGCCAUGCAGGUCAUCGACAUCAUCACGCUGCGGCCGGAGAUCCAGCUCUGCUAUAUGGGCAUCUCGACCAAGUGCUUCGAGAUCCUCGAAUCGCGGCCCAGCGAAUCAGGGGCCGGCGGGAACAUCAACGGCGGCAGCAGCAGCGCCGGCGCCGGCGGACAUAAUGGCGCCAGCUCGCAAUCGAACGGCGCCGGCGCCGCGGCCGCCGAGGGUUCCGACGGCGACAAUGCCGACGACGACGACGACGAGACGUCCGAAGAGGAGGACGACGACGACAACGAGGUGACGGACGAGGAGGGCGACGACGAGGAGGCUACGCCUACCAGCCCGACGGACCCGGACGAGACGCAGAGCGAGAAUUCGGACGCCGAUGACUCGGACGACGACAGCUUCGUCGAGCCGGACUCGUCUUCCAGGGUUCAGCUGCGCCUGCGCGAGAUAUUGUUUUAUGACGACAAGGUUGCUAUUUUCAAGGCUCGGCACGCUAAGCUCUAGAUUGGACCAGGAAAAGAAUGGCGUACCCACGGACAGACAGACGGACGAGCAAGCAGAAGAAAAUUCGCAAAGGGCUCAGUUCUGACGAUGGACUCGGUGCUAGAUGGUUGGAUCCCCGGGUUUUUUUUUGGUUUGGCAAAUCGCUGCGCGCUCCGUUAAACUACAGCAUGGCGUAAAUCGCGUUUUACUAUCUGUAGGUUCUAGUAUUCAUGACACUCUUACCGUCCCCUCGCUGGGUGGGGGACCUGUACCUCUUAUUUCGGGCUUCUCACCUGCGCUUCUAUCUACUUUUCCGGCCUUUGUGGCUAAGCUAGGCGUUUGGGGGGAGUAACGAAAGGGAAAGGGGGGAAUGUAACAAGCGGAAAAUUUGUAACUACACUACACUACACACUCAGCUGGUGUUUGUGAAGUCGGUUUCUUGAUAUCAUUAUGCUUGUGCCUGACACCUGCUGCUG